AUGGUGCUGUUGCUAUUGCUGCUGCUGCUCACUGCAGCAGCAGCAGUAGCAACGCAUUUGCUGCUGCGGCGGCCAGCAUCACUUGCGAGUUCUUCCAACCCGAAUCCGCAUCAACAGCAGCAGCAACGGCAGCAGCAGCAACGGCAAGGAAAACAGCAAGAUAAGCAGCAUGAAUUCCAGCAGGAGAAGCAGCAGCCGGAGCUGCGACAAAAACAGCUUCGGCAACAGCAGGAUUCGGAAACGGCUGUCAGCAGCAGCACCAUGAACAGCAGCAAGCUUCGUCGCCGACGCACAGCAGCCGCCGAAGAAGCAGCAGAAGAGGCAGACAGCAGCAGCAGCGCAGAAGCAGAUUGUUCUCAGUCAGAAGAAGAUUGUCCCAGUCGCAGCAAGACAGCGUCAGUCUGUAAUGCUGCAGCAGCAGCUUCUGCUGCUGCUGCCGCGGCGCGUGCUGCUGCUGCCAGGGACGUAGCACUUGCUGCUGCAGCGGGGACAGCAGCAGCUGCUGCUGCCACGACUCACGAGGUGUCGGACAGUGACGCGCAGCCAGAUCAGCAGCAGCAGCACCGGCAAGAACAUGGACAGCGGCGCGAGCCCGUGGAGCAACACAAGCAGCAGCAGCAGCAAGCAGAGCAGCAGCAGCAACAGCCUGAGCAGAAGAAGGAGCAGUCUGCCGAGUGCAGCGCCUCUGCUGCUGCGCGUGUGGUCAAUGGCCUUGCAGCAGAAGCUGUUGCAGCAGCAGCAACGGCGGAUGCAGCAGCAGCAACAGCUGCUGCUGCUGCUGCUGCUGCAGUAACCAGUGGUGAAAAGGGUGCGACAUUGUCGGGUGCGACUCCAUUGGAGUCAACAGACAAGGAAUUGGGUGCAACAGCAGCAGUACCAGCAGCAGAAGAGGCAGGAGGAGUAAGCAAACAGCCUGCUGCAGAGUCUGAAUCAGAGGCAGGAGCAGCAACCGCUUCAGCCGACAGUACAGCAGCAGCAACAGAAGCAGCAAAACCUGCAACAGCUGCUGAUUCCCCUCCAGUGUCUCUACACGUGGAGGACAUGGCAGGAGCAACAGAAGCAGCAGCAGAGGCAGAAGCCGCAGCAGCAGAGGCGGCAGAGGCAGGAUCUGCAGAAGCAGCAGCAGCGGAAGCAGGAGACGCAGCAGCAGCAGCAAAAGAGCUAGCAUCUGCAGCAGCAGAUGCAGCAACAGAAGCUGCAACAACAGCAAGAAGCACGGCAGAUCUCCUUAGUGGGGUUACACGCAUAGGCGAGGUGUCGUGUGAACACGACGAGCAGCAAGAGCAGCAGCAGAAGCAGAAGCAGGACACUUGUAAGUCGUCUUCAACAGAAGCAGAGGCAGAACCAGCAGCGGCAAAACCAGCAGCUGCUGCAGCAGCAGAUGGACGUCGUCGUGAAAAAUCACCACCGCCAGCAGCAGCAGAAGAAGAACCACUGCCAGCAGCAGGUGCAGCCGAAUCACCACCACGAGCAGCCCAUGCAGAACCAUCGCCACCACCAGCAGCAGCAGCAAAACCAGCAGCAGCAACAGAACCAACAGCAGCCGCAGCAGCUGAAGAUGGUCCUCGUUUUGAAGAAUUAGAUGGUGAUGAAGAUGAGGAGCAGCAAACAGCAGCAGAAUUAAAAGAAAGAGGAAAUGCGGAAUAUAAAAGAGGUGCUGCUUCUGCUGCGCUGCAGUUGUAUUCUGCUGCCAUUAAUAAACUAGAGAAAGAAACAGAAGAAGUAGAGACGCAACUUGAUGCUUUAGAGGUUAAGGCUGAGACGCUGCAGCAGCAGCAAGAAGGAGAGCAGCAGAAACAAGAGGAGGAGGAGCAGAAGCAGCCGGAAGAGCAGCAGAAGGAUCAGCAGCAGGAGGAUCCAAGAGAGCACCCUGCUGCACAUUUGCUGCCAGCUGAGGAUUUGACUAAAUAUAGGCAGCUGCUGCAGCAGCUGCAGCAGCUAGACGAGAUGCACGCAGUCCUCAAGAGCAAUAGGGCUCUGUGUCAUUUGCAUUUCAACGCGUUUGACUCGGUGGUUGCAGAUGCCACCGACGCCAUCCGCAUAAACCCUAAUUAUGCAAAGGGUUAUCUGCGGCGGUUCCGCGGGUAUGAAGGACAGAAGAAAUGGCACGAUGCCCUCAACGAUUUAAACAAAGCAAUAGAGCUCGACCCAAAACUCUCGUCUACAUACGGCGGCGAGUUGCAGCGAGUAAAGAGAGAAAGCGAAGCAUUAUUUGAGAAAGAAAAAGAAGAAAUGAUGGACAUUCGAGGUACACCGGUAGCAACAGCAGCAUCUGCUGCAGCAGCAGCAUCUGCAGCAUCAGCGUCUGCAGCAGGUGCAGCAGCAACAUCAGGUGCAGCAGCAACAGCAACAUUUACAACAUCGGCAGGUGCAGCAGAGACAUAA